CGAGGGGCGGAGGGGAGGAGGGCGAGGCAGGCACCGAGGGCUGGCCCCAAGGUGAGCCAGGCGGAGUGGGGCCAUUUCCCUUCCUGCUGAUUUGAUGAGAUUGUUGACAGUGAGCAGAUGAGCCUCCUCCUGUGGUGCGAGACUACUCAUUCGGCUGCCGAGGCUGGCUGGCAGUGUGUCCGUGUUUGUGUCUGUAUGUCGAGUCUUCACCUCCUCCACCGCGGAGCAAAAUCUCCGUUUCCGAAGAGUACUGUGCUUCGAGAGUGACGUGAAGAUCACUCUACUACAAAAUCCCGAACUGAAUGUUGAGAGAAGUUUGUUUGCGUGGUUCCGUAUCCGGCUCAGAUUUGGAACAUUUGUGUGUGUGUUGGCUUCCGCACGCGGGAUUCGAGCUUGAAAAGUGGUGGCCUUGGGUUGUGUUUUGCUCUUUGAUUGUGCCCGAAGCUCGGCCGAUACCUGGCUACUCCGGAGGCAGUGGUGUGGGGAAGGAAGCAUCUCCGCUUAGAAACAUAUAUGGUUUCGGUGUACGAGAGGCGUCACGUGAGUGAGAGUGUUAUGGAUCUUCUGCAUCGACGGUAACAGGAUGCGAAGGAUUGCUGAAUCUCCAACUUUAGAAGACAUUUGACAAUUGGAACUGGAGGGGGAGAGAGAAGAAUACCCUUGGAGCCUCUAGUCGCCAGCAGCCGAGCUGAAGGUAAUGCGGCCGGAAGCGGAGUUGAAGAAGUAGUGACGGGCCCGUCAGGAAGUUAGUACAUUUGGAGGCAGUUCGGUACCAGCGUCGGCGACACAACUGAUGGAUUUGACCUCCUCACUUUUUUUGUGCGCCGAAAGAUUAGGCGGUGCACAGAGGGACCUCAUUUUGAGAUGGCGGAGGCCCUCUAGGAAGUAACGAAGAGUGUCCUCGAUACCCCGUGGCCGUUCGUCGUGGACAGAUAACUCGUGUCGUGCCCUCGAUUCGUUCAUCGAGGGAGCACGGGAGGGAGAGACAUUGCUGAACACGGGCCCGUGUAUGGUCCCAAGGCAUGAGCGGAAGCCGUGUCGAGACACAGGAGCAGAGAAGCAUCAGAAGAUGAUGGUGAGGAGUCUGACAGGAGAAGGCGAGAACGGGUGAUUAGGGGGAGGACGGUGGGGUUCGUAUCAGAUCAUGAGUACAAGGGUCUGUGAGUAUCAGAUACGUUGGCUGCUGGUCGUACUCGCCGGUCUCAUUGUCGUGAUAUCUCCCGAGGUCGAAGGCUACCCAUUGUCGUACGCCGUAGCGUCUGAUGCCCGUGCGUUACUGGAGUUCGCGGAAGGAAUCGACGAUCCCAAUGGCAAGCUGCAAUCCUGGCAGAAGACGGACAACGACCCGUGUCUCUGGAAUGGGGUUCUGUGCGAAACCACCGCCUCUGGAGAGGUAAGAGUAACUCAGCUGGACCUUUCCAAUUCUUCACUGUCGGGGUUCCUGGGCUGUGACCUCGCCCGGCUGACCGCACUGACGGUGCUGGACUUGUCCUACAAUGGGUUCAAGGGCUCCAUCCCCGGAUGUCUGGGCUCGUUGUGCCAGUUGGAGGAAUUGGUUCUCGAGCACAAUUCUCUGGAAGGGUCCAUCCCUUCUGGAGUGGCCAACUGCACCAGAAAGUUGCGUAUUCUGGAUCUCAGCGACAAUCUGCUCUCCGGAAGCAUCCCUUCGACCGUGGGCAACUUGUCCAGCCUCGAGACGCUGGAUUUGGGAACCAACGAGCUCACGGGCACCAUUCCUUCUUCUAUUCAGAGGCUAGUCGAAUUGGUAGAGCUUUCCUUGUUGGAUAAUUUGCUUUACGGUAGCCUCCCCUCCGGCAUAGGGAACCUGAGAAAUCUCGAGGUGCUGUUGCUGUACACCAACGGGCUCAAUGGGACGCUGCCGGCGUCGAUGGGCAAUAUGGCCAGCCUGAAGACCAUUCGAAUAGGUGCGAACAACUUCUCCGGGUCCCUGCCCUACGCCUUCGGGAACUUAACGUCCCUGGAGUUUUUGGGAGCCACCAACAACAAGUUGACUGGAAUCGACACUCCGUUCGAGCAAAUGCCGGGUUUGAUCACCUUGCAGCUCUACAACAAUCAGAUCAGCGGCCCCAUUCCCAAGAAUUUGGGGAUGUGCACAAACUUGCAGACCUUGGCGCUGUAUGAUAAUCAGUUCACCGGUGGAAUACCAGCGGAGUUGGGGAAUCUGACCAAUCUGAAGAACCUCUAUCUGUACGGAAAUCACUUGGAAGGGGGUGUGCCCCCGGAGCUGCAGAAUUGCAGAAGCCUCGUCGAGUUGGACAUUUCACAGGGCGGACUAUCGGGACCCCUUCCCGAAUUAUACGGUCUGGAAUACCUGGAGCUGGUGGCUCUUUGGAGCAAUCACUUGACGGGUAGGAUUCCGGAAGCGUGGGGCUCUCUCAAGUCGCUGAAAACCAUUGAUGUGUCGAAUAAUAGCUUGACAGGACGUAUCCCCGAAGUACUUGGAAGUCUGCCUAAUCUCGAGAAGCUGUCGUUGUACACGAACGAGCUGACGGGAAGAAUCCCUGAUAGUUUUGGCAAUUUGACUGGCCUCGUCAGCCUCGACUUGAGUGAGAACGAGCUCACGGGUCCAAUCCCAGGUUUUCUCGGAAAGACAGUCUCCAGCGUCAAUUGGUUGUUCUUGGAUCAAAAUUCUUUGACGGGUCCCAUUCCAGAGAGUUUGGUGAACUGCACUUCUUUGUCUGUCGUCCAACUGGGCAACAAUCUUCUCUCCGGGGGACUACCGUGGAACAUCGGACACAUUGGACCAUCACUGAUCACGUUGUCCAUUCCCAACGCGGGAUUGGAAGGCGAGAUCCCACCUUCCCUUGGGAACUGCACGGGCCUAAUUGCGCUGGACUUGAGUCGGAAUCAACUCCGCGGGUCUUUACCUCCGACCUUGCAGGGCCUGGAUAAUAGCUUGCGGAUAUUCUCUGUCAGGGAAAAUGAGCUGAGUGGAGAGUUCCCUCCUUGGAUUAGCCAGCUGGGCAAUCUGCAAGUACUUGAUUUGAGCAGGAAUAAUUUUAGUGGAGUCAUGAAUUUUAGUUUCUACGAUCUGAAGGCUUUCAUGAAUGGAAGCACUGGUGUGUCCGAGAAUUACGAGGUGGAGAUCACAAUUUCGGCUAAAGGAAGUACGCAGACUCUGAUAUACAUAUUGUCCAUGAGCUACUUCCUGGACCUCUCCGAGAACAACUUCACGGGAAGCAUUCCGGAGCAGUUAGGCGAGUUGAGAGAUCUGAAGUACCUGACCUUGUCUGGAAAUCGGUUCAGUGGAUCUAUUCCUGAAAGUUUUGCCAAUUUAGUUAACAUAGAAUCUUUAGACUUGUCAAGAAACCAGCUGUCCGGAGUCAUCCCGCAGGAGUUGACGAGCCUUACUUCCCUCUCCUACUUCAAUGUGUCGGGCAACCAUCUGUAUGGACAAAUUCCAGAGGGAGACACAUUUCGAACAUUUCCAUCUUCCUAUUUUCUCGAUAACGACGAUCUCUGCGGCUUUCCUUUGAAUCCUUGCGGCCAUCCCCCACCAGAAGUCCCUGGAAAUUACCCCCCAUCUAGAGAGACCCCCGGUGCCAAUGGCGAUGCUUUAGUUUCUUACUGGGCAGUAGGAAUAGGCUUUUUUAUCGGGUUCACUGGUGUUGCUGCCUCCUUAACCCUCAACAAAAAGGCGAGAACGCUCAUGUUCAAGCCUCGGGAGCCAGUCUACUCGGAAGCAGUCAUCUUCAACAAGCAGUAUGCAAUUUACAGGUGGCCGAAGGAUAGUUAGCCGCGGCCUUUCAGGCCAAUUGAAUAUGUUCAUCCUUUGUACUCCAACCUUUUCUUCGCCUUUCUUUGCUUACUUCUUUGGAUCCAGGCAUGUAUCAGUGAAGCUGGAUCUUUUGGAAGACUUCUGUGAGGUUGUCAAUUGCUAGUUUUUCUUUUCUUCUCUCCACCUUCGCAAGUUCGAGGAAGAAUGUCGAUAGAUAGCGUUCCCCCCAUCACCUAUUUGUGCAGAUUGAUUUACAGUCAAACCAAUUUUAGGGGAGAGCUGAUUGUACUGAUGUAGAAAGAGGAUAUCCUGAGGACUCAUGACAGAUGGACAGAGACGCCAAGUAUAAGUAUCGUCCUUCGUUCGUGAUGACCCAAUAAUCAACGAGCAUGGCUGUAUAAAUAGUAUAAUGUCUGUGCAAACACAUAGACACAAUUCAUGCUGUUGAAGAAAGUGAUCUAAUUGAAGUUCUCGGUUCGUAGACUUGGAGGCACACCAUAUCUCGUUAUCCACGAGUCAUGCUCACUCGUCCUUACUAGGUUCCUGGUCUGUGUGUACCGCACUGAGAUCUCUCUUUGUUUGAUAUGUGUUCCUUAACUUUUGGUUUGACCUUUGGCGAGCAGACGGUUCUGGAAUUGUAAAUGUCGAAGUGGUCACAUGACAUGUAAAUCAUCUGUCUUACAACCAGGAAUUCAGUCCCGUACCAGUUCGAUCUUCACAGUUUUGAACUCAUCGCUUGACCUGAUUAUGUUGACCUACAAGCUCCAAAAGCC